GUCAAUAUAUACUGGGGUUGACUUCUACAAGAAAUUGUGUGGAGUUUCCAUUAUUCAAAGGAAAACACAAAGAUCAGUGUGGAGAGAUGGGCAAAGAAAGAGAAGCCCGCGCAUCUCAGCCCCUGAUCCAUGGAAGCCAGUGCCACACCAACCAACACCACCAACCAGUUCGCACUCACACAACUGCUUGCGGAUGGAGGAAGACCACCACCACCACCAGGGUGCCCCCUCCGAUACCACUACCAGGGCCAGCAUCAAAAGAAAACUCCAGCAACCUCUACUUAAUUCUCUUCUAACCAAACCCAAACAGGGCAUAGAGAGCCCAAAUCAUGAACGUCAUUUGACCAAUAGUGAUCAACCAUUGGUUAUCAAACUUGAAGGAGGUGCAAAACUUGAUGAUAAUGCUACCUCCACUGGUCAACCAUCAGUUAUGUCACCCAUUCCAUUCAUGCCAGAAAAACGCAUCCUUGAGCUUGUCUUGGACAUAUUGCAAAGGCAAGAUACACAUGAAAUAUUUGCUGAACCAGUUGAUCCCAAAGAGGUUGAGGAUUAUUACGAAAUUAUUGAAGAGCCUAUGGAUUUUGGCACCAUGAGGGCUAAACAUCAUGAAGGAAUGUAUACAAAUCUUGAGCAAUUUGAGCAUGACGUAUUUUUAAUACCAAGAAAUGCGAUGCAUUUUAACUCCACGGGCACCAUUUAUUUCAAACAGUCUGAUAUUUCACAGGCUCGUGUCAUAUAUGAUCUAGCGAAGAAGGUUUUUCAUGUUCUAAAAACUGAUUUUGAAAACUUUGAAUCGGAGUUCUCGGAGACAAGACGGAGAUCAAGUAGGAGGCUCCAGGCAGAAGCCAAGGGUUUGAAUUUUAACUCAAGUCCUAGGUUCACUACAAAUGUUAGAUCCAGUGGUAUGACUAGUGAUGUUUCGUCAAAAGGCAGACGAUGUUCUUUAAAUGGUCCAUCAAAUCUAAGAAGAAAUAUCCAAGGAAAACCUGGGUUCUCUCGUACUCGUGUUGACACUAGAGAACAUGAUUUUCCCCUUGUUGCUAGAGAUGGUAGAAGAUCUAAUUUUGUUGAAGUGGAUCGGCGUUGCACAUAUAAACCAUGGUUAUCCUUCCACAAUGAAAAUGAUUCUAUUUUCUCAACAAUUCAUAGUGCCCCACUACUAGUGUCUCCUGUGAAUCAGUGUGAUAUUAGCUACAGGGAAAGUUUGAUGUUGUUUGCUAAAGGUUUAGGACCAACAGCCCAAAUGAUUGCCAACCGAAAGUUACAAGGAUGCUUGAAAGAUGCUCCCAAUUUUCAAACUCCAGCUUCAAACUCUUCCGGACAAGUUGCUACAUGUCAAGUUCCUGCUGCAUUUGCCUCUGCUCAUAAUGGUCCUAGGACUCUGGAUACAUUAAUCCCAAAUACGUCUUGGGACUUAUUUGAUCCCCUUCCUGGGUGUUGUUCAGCCCUUGAAACAACUACUGACAUAAUUGAUUUGACUGACGCUGAUGAUGGAGAAAAGGCUCAUAUGAGUGAUAGGAUGGGUGAUCGUAGUGCUUUGGAGGGAAAAGUUGUGAGCAACCGCGAACGUGACGGGAAGAAGACUUUUAGUAUUAGUGACAGAGACAAGGUUCUUGAGAAACAAAUCAGUAACACCCAUCUGGGAUUGAGUUCUUCCACUUCCGGAGCUGAAGUUUUGAAUUACUGCAAGCCUCUGGCUGCAACAGUGGACUUGAGCAAAACAGAUAGCCAAGUGCAGCCAUCGAAUUUAGCUUCAGAGAAUUCUUGCUCAAACAAGAUUGAAUUCAAGUUGAGAAACAGUAACAGUUCGACAUCAUCAUCUUCAUGGAUCUGGCAUACCAGUGGGGUCUCAAGUUUGGGUCUGUCCGAUGGCUCCAUGGCAGCUGCAGUGGGACCAAAAGGUGAGAAGAGUAGCUCCUCCCUGCAGCAAGGGGGCCACACUGUGGAAUCAAAUGGAGUUGUGCCAUUAGUCUCUCCGUUUGCUUUUGAUCUACCUUUCUUGAAAGCACGGCUUAACCAAACAAAUCAUUUGAGGCAGGACGGUUUCUUGCAACCCAAAUUCCAGCAAGUUUCCGUUAAUGAGGGACCAAUUCCAUCAUCAUCAUCCUUGGGCCAAGUAAGCAACAAGCGAAGGACUUUUGGGCGUACCCACCAAGCAGAACUGACCAUUCAAUCUUCUCAGUUGGCUAUGGCUAUUAAUAAUCAACAAUAUUCAGUACCAUCAGACACUCCGGAUACUAAUUUGGCUUUACAGCUACAGCUUUAAGGACUUUCAGAGUAACUCGAAACUUUCCACAAGUACAAGCCGGAAAAUGUUAAAACAUUCUGAAAAAUUUAAUGUGAUCAUGUUACUUCUAGUUGGUGUUUAAUUUUUAUUUCAGGAAAAGUUGUUGGAUUGUCUUUGAUGAUUUCAUGACUAGUAUCAUAGCACUAACAUGCGGCUUUAAUGGCUA